ACCGCCGAAAGGGUGAGCGUAUUGUGUGUUUGCGCCAGCAGCGCACCAUUAAUUGCGUACGGCACUUGAAGCACAAAAGGUUGGCUGAUAUCUUUUGCUGGUUCGACUGCAUUUCACGCGGUGAAAGCGAAAAACGGUCUUUUGAGGAGAAAGUGUGGUGAAACAAAAAAACAACACAGUGCCCACAGCGCCCGUGUGUACAGCACAUUGAACGGUGUAUUCAAAGUAAACUUCAAUCAAUCAACAUCUAAUUUUAUCAAACAUUCUCCGUUCAGCCCAACACAACACCCAUCGGUAUCCAGCAGCAACAGCAGUAACAGCAGCAGCAGUUCGAGAAAGUUUUUACGACCAGAAAAAAAACACACCCAUACAUACACAAAUAUUUCACACAGCAUCUCAAUACCGAAAUAGCGAAAGAAGCUAUUUAACAGCGGCAAAAACACAAAAAAAUACAAACAACUUACGAUGUCCGACGAAGGCCAAGAUAAUGGAGCCAACCGGAAUGGUUCGGUGCCCGAAAUAGAACUGAUAAUUAAGGCAUCCACAAUCGAUGGCAGAAGGAAGGGAGCUUGCCUAUUUUGCCAGGAGUACUUUAUGGAUCUCUAUCUGCUGGCGGAGUUAAAGACGAUCAGCCUGAAGGUGACGACAGUGUGUAUGCAGAAACCUCCACCAGAUUUUCGCACUAACUUCGAGGCCACACACCCUCCGAUUCUCAUAGACAAUGGGUUAGCCAUACUUGAGAACGAGAAGAUUGAGCGGCACAUCAUGAAAUCGGUGCCAGGUGGAUAUAAUCUUUUCGUACAGGACAAAGAGGUGGCCACGUUGAUAGAAAAUCUGUACUCGAAGCUAAAGCUGAUGCUGGUGAAAAAGGACGAGAACAAGAACAACUCGUUGCUGGUACAUUUGAAAAAGAUUAACGACCAUUUGGCAGCCAGAGGCACUCGCUUCCUUACUGGUGACACGAUGUGCUGCUUCGAUUGUGAGCUGAUGCCGCGGCUGCAGCAUAUCAGAGUGGCUGGGAAAUAUUUUGUCGAUUUCGAUAUACCAAAACAUUUAACGGCGUUGUGGCGAUACAUGUACCAUAUGUAUCAGCUAGAUGCAUUCACGCAGUCUUGUCCCGCCGAUCAGGAUAUCAUAAAUCACUACAAAUUGCAACAGGCAAAAGGUGACAUUAAGAUGCUGAAAAUGAAAAAGCAUGAAGAACUGGAGACGCCAACAUUCACCACAUCAAUUCCCGUUGAUUUGAAUGAGCAGUAAAGUGGAGAGAGGAAACAACUAGCAGUAAAAAAAAAGAAUUAAAAGAAAUACCUACAUCUUUGUGCAGUAUGAAAAUGGAAAAGAGUGAGUUAGGCAUUAUGAAUAGUUUCAGACAAACAAUUCCAAAGUCCAAUAUCUAUAGUAAUGCUUUUUUUUUGUUUUUGGACCAAUUUGAACCAUAACAUCGCAAAACGGUACUGUUUCGUACUAUUCAUCGUGAGCUAUCUUCUUGUGUUUUUAGUUUUCUUUUUUGCUUUACGUUUUAUUCACACCAGGCCUAGUGUUGGAGAGUGGGGAAACGGGUUAGAAAUAAGCAUGUUUCUGCCUUUUUUUAUAUCAAUCGUUUGCCUUAAUAGCACUUUAGCAGUGUUUCAUGGAAUCAAAAGAGAAAUUCUGAAUUGUGAAUUUUGAAAAACCGCUUACAACAGUUUCACACGUUUUUAUGUAAAAUGUAUUAGGUAGAGAGAUCGAACAUCGGUGUUAGCAAAUAAUUUGCAAAUGUGUCCACCACCGUAACGAUUAAUUAUAUAAAUAUACUUGCGAUUGCGAACUAGCAGGAGAAGAAGGAGGAGAAGGAGGAGUAGGACAUGGACAAAACAAAAUCAAACAAGAAGCAGCAAAUAAGCCAGCAACGAAACGACCAGUUUUCUACACAAUCAACGAGAAAUCAAAGCAACAUAGCAUCAGCAUAAUAGGAGAUAGCUAUGUAUAUUGAAUGAAUUGUUUUUAGGCUCUACAUCUUUAUUAGGUUUGCAAUGUUAAGUUUUACUUACAUCCCACUUUGUCAAAAGGCAUUUUAGUUGUCUUUAAAUCUUUUUUACUUUUAUCAUUAAUUGGUAAGCUUGAAAUAAACACGAAGUCCUGUUGAAUUAUGUGUCCUAAAUGCAGCUCUAGCCUGUCUAGACGAGUGCAUUGUUUCAAGUUGCGUAGUGUUUAGUUGAGUAGUGCAGAGAGAGAGAGAGAGGGAGAAUGUUGCCACAAUUAUUUUUUUUAGUACUAUUUUCGGCGGUAUCAGUGCCAAGGACAUAUAGUGCCUGUGGCGAACGUUUGUUUUCUUCAUUUUAAAACGAUACAUUUCCUUUAUGUUUAUUGGCACAUACAAAUAUCUAAAAGAAAUAAACAACAAAAAAAAAAAUCAGCAUACACUCGAAA